AUGAACACCCUUGGAUCAUUAGUCAAUGCUCAACCUUCUCCUCUCAGAAUCAAUGCUAAUGAAUUACCAUCUCUGACCUUUAUGAUCAAACAAUAUGGAAUGAAUUGGACAUUGGUUGAUAAUAUGCUAUCAAAUUACGAUACCAGAGAUGUCACUGUUGUCAAUGGAUCCUUUACUCUUCUAUCAUUUUUCUCGAUCAGAUCACAACAAUAUACCUACCAUGGAUUACCAGACCGGUCACUAUCAGCACUCUAUUUUCCAAACUUGACUUCUCUCCGCAUCGACUCACUUCAGAUGGAUGGAAGUAUCAACAUUCUCUACAUGGUCAGAAAUCUAUCCAACCUCAUAACACUAUUCAUCGAUAAACCCUACAUCCGGGUUAUUCCUGAUGGAUUCCCAUUCACUCUAAACAAACUCACCGAUUUAACGAUAAAGUAUUACAUUGAACCUGUGCCAGAUGGUUUUGGAGAGGGUCUAAAUUCCAAGGUUUAUUUGACUCAUUUAAACUCUUUGGUGCCAUCGAGUCAACCGAUCUUUAGGUUACCAGAUUCUUUGUGUGGUGCGUACGGGCUAUAUUAUUUUUGGCGUCAAAACACGACACCUCUCCUCAAAUAUGCAGCUGAUUGUUUCAAAUGCUUUGAUAGUAGACUAUCUCCUUAUAUGCUAGGUGCUACUAAUUUGUUUAAAGGAUACAAUUAUCCUUGUGAUAUCAAGGUGACAUCAUUAUACUAUAAGACAAAUGAUACAGUUAUUAUUAACGGCAAUAAUCUUCAAUCGUCUCUUGGGUCAACCACCUCUGGUAAUGGUAUAAUUGAUUUCAUCCUCAACAACCAAAUUGUACAAUAUAGAAGAGCUGAUUUAUAUCCAAUACAAGAUCAAGUGGUGUUGAGUAGUAGGUUUGGAAGUACAGCUUCCAUUCCAGUAUCACUAACUAGAAUUAAUCUAGGCAAUUUUAUAACUAUCGAUCAACAACCUUUUGGAAUCAAUAUAUCAAUCAAUCUAAAUUAUAAUAUCAAUAUUCAUCACACUAUAUCUAUAAAUGGUGUUGCUUGUAGGAAAUUCAAUAGUAUCUAUAUCAAAGAUAGAUUAACAUGUUUCUUUCCACUUCAAAUAUCAUCACAAUCAACCCUAUUAAAUUAUAAUAUUGCCAAUAUUAGAAAUAGUGAAAUAUAUCAAUCCAAUUUUACAAGACAAUACCCUUCACUUUCCAACAACAAUAAUUAUACUAUUACGAUGAAUGAAUCAGCUACGGAAUAUAAAUUAGAAUUAAUUGGUCAAUUUGGAAUGAUCAAUCAAACAAGUAGCAGCAGUACAAGAACAAGUACAACAAUGUCAUCGGUACUGAUCAACAAUACCGAUUGUAUUAUUACAUCAAUCAAUUCAACACAUUUGGAAUGUAUCAUUAUAUUGGAUACAAAUACAACAACAGUACAUCAACAACAACAACAAAUAGAAGGAGGAGUCAGUGGUAGUGAUGGUGAAUUUGUUGAGAUUUAUAUAUCGAUUGAUGGACAUUCAUUCACAUCAUUUGAUUCUAUUUAUAUUAAAUAUCCUACCAUUUCAUCAUCCUCAUCGUCCUUAUCAUCAUCUUCAUCCUCCUCAUCCUCAUCAACGAAUGGUAUUAGUAAUAGCGAUUACCAAUCAAACAACACCAAAUAUUAUAUUAUUGCUGGUGUUUUAGGUGGAGCAUUGGUAGCAGGAGUUACUGUUUUAAUAGUCAUGCGCAUCAAGAGAAAACAACUGAUCAAUUCAAGAAUCAAAUCCAACAAUCAACUCGAAUUAAAGAAAUAUAAUAGUAAUAAUAUUAAAAAUAAAUAA